AUGGGCCACAAGAAACCCGGAAAGGGAGUGAAAAUUCUCCUCAUUCUCCUCGCCUUCUUUUUCUCGCCUUUGGCGGUCUUGAUAAUGCAAUAUCUGUGCAAAUGGCGUUGGGUCAACUUCAUUAUCAACCUUGCCCUGUUCUUCUUUACCACCCCAUUGGGAGGCUUUAUCCACGGCGCGAUUGUUAUUUGGACCGAGGAGGCCACGUUUAAGAAACAUUCGCACCGCAGGACAGGACGGUCAACAGGACAUUCCUCAAGACGUAGAUGA